CACAAUACAGGGUAACUAUUCUACUCUGAUACUUCCCCUGAUUGAAGAUAGCUGAUCGGCACGGGCUAAGUGUGUCGCAGUCUGUACAAUGGACAAUGUUGUUUACUGUUGGAAUACAAAUGGAGUGUAUCGUUUUGUUUCAUGGAUUAUGCUAAUAAAGGGAGUUUUACUACUACUUUGAGUAUUUUCGACAAGUGUACACGUACAUCCUCGGUCCUUUACAGAUAUUACGAGUAGACCCAGGUAAAUAGUCAUCCGCAUUCGAUGCUUUUUCAUGACGAGCGUACAUGACCAUGUCUUCUUUAUACGUACAGUAGCAUCUAUGUAUUUGCAUUUUGCUUGAAGUAAGUGUGAAUGGUAUAGAUUUUAUACUCUUUGCUUAUUCCGUUUCAUCAAUAGAUCUAGAUAAUAGAUGAAAUAUUUCUCCGCGCUUUUGUAUAGUUUUGACAUAUUUAUUGCAAAUGUACGCACAUUCACGUAAAGAAAAGGCAUUCUAUAUCUAUUUAUCCAAAGCUUUUAGAAUGAUUUACUACUGUACGAUAUGUUUAUUGUAAUUUUGAGCACUGCAUGGUGUUUCAAAACGUGAUUUCAUUUCUUCUUGAUGUCCUAUAAAUUAGUAUCGGAGAUGUACGUGUUACCUGUCGAAGCUACCCGCACAGGUAAAUCGAAGACACUGAUGUGAAAUGAAGCGUAGCAAAACUCGUCCCCUUAUUUACCAUGCGAACCCUGAUACAUAUAACAAUAGAAUAUCCAACUAAUAUGGCGGAUUAGCAAAGAAAUAUGGCGGACAUAUAGAAUUAUACUAUAUUUAUUAAUUCAUGUCAGCUUUAAAUAUUUACGUAUCAAUGAAGCGAGUCCUACCCUAUAGCUUUCAUCCAAUACAUUUUGAUUCAAGAAAGUUUAAUAAUUUAUGUACACAUCAAAUACUUAUGAUGAACAUUAUUAAAGAUCAUAUGUUUUAUGUUUGUUUCACUUUAAAGAGAUUCAGAACAUGUGGGCGAAUAGCAAAGCACUUUCCCAUACUUUUGCACUAAAACAUAAAACCAAGAGGACUUUAAGAUCCGCGGUACUUUUUUGCUAUACAUGUAUGUGAUAAAUAUUGAACUUUAAGGAAGCAGUUGGUUCUUGGUGUUUAUUCUGCUCUGAUUACUGGGUGGGUUUUUUUUCCAUUAUUAAUUUUUUUAAUCAAAUACAAGCUUCAUUGCGCAGAUGACUUUGACCUUUAAAACUUUUUAUAAAGGCUAAUCGAAUGAACACAUUUUUCAGUGCAUAUUUUGAGAGGAUCUACGAGAGAAUGGGUGUCCAGAAUUCCAAGGAUGGGGAUGUAGAGAAUAACUGCAGACCAGAUGAUGACAAUACCAAAAGUAAACACAUUGAAGAAGCCCUGCAGCUUGACGUCGAAGAUAGCGAAAGUGAUUGUGACGGAAAUGUCGAAAUAACAUCUGAAAUGGAGCAACUUGCCGAGUCGAUGGAUCCAAGAAAUUACAUCGAGAAAUAUCCGUUUGAAAACCUCGUCUUUGAAGGAGGCGGAGCAAAAGGAAUAGCCUAUCCCGGGGCCCUCAAAGCUUUAGAAGAUAUAGGUAUUCUCCAAAAUAUAAAACGAUUUGCUGGCACGAGUGUUGGUUCUAUAGUAGCUCUCAUGACGGCCCUGGGAUACAACAGCACUGAAAUAAGUCAAAUCACAAGAAGAGAUCUGUCCGAGUAUUAUGACGCCAGGUGGGGUAAGCUAAGUUUGAUUCCUAACCUGUUGCGGUAUUUGGGCUGGCAGCCAUUCCACUCCUUGUAUGAACACCUAGGGGAAAUCAUCGAACGGAAACUGGGCGACAAGGAUGCAACUUUCGAACAGCUUUACAAGAAAACGGGAAAGGAAUUGUGUGUCGUAGUGACAAAUGUGAACAAUAUGGAGGAGAACUACCUACAUCCCAAAACUACGCCUAAAAUGCCGCUCAGAAAGGCAGUUCGUAUGUCUAUAAGCAUUCCAGGUUUGAUGCAACCCAUUAAGCAUACGGAAUUCGAUGUAGAAAAUAUAUAUGUAGACGGUGGAGUACUUUUCAACUACCCUAUAGAAUGUUUUGAUGGAUGGUGGCUUUCAAUGGAGAAGGAAGACUCGUUUUUUGCGAGAUUACAACCUAUUGAGAAGCUUCCUGUGAUACUGGACAGACGAAACCGAUUUGCAAGUGACGAGAAAAAAUCAACGAAAACUCUCGGAUUUUUAUUGUAUUCUGAUGAUGAGCUGGAGACAUUUAAGAUAGCAUUUGAAAGCAGACGGAGAACGAAGAUAAAGUACCCCGACACACCGUUGGGAAGAAAAGCUGCCCAAAAUCAGAAGGACCGGCAGAAAUUGAGAAGAGAACACAGGGCUACAGUUACGUCUGUAAACAAAUUUUUAAAAAUAUUAAGUGAACACAUCUUAGAUAAAGAUGAAUUCAUCGACAGAAAGGAAUUGGAGAAAACACUUGAAAAUGAGAAUCUUACUGACUGUGACAAGCAUCGCCUGUUUGGGAAAAACGUGACUUUUGACGAAGUGAUGACGAAACUAGACAAAGACGGAAAUGGAAAGAUCAGUUUUCAAGAGCUGGUUUCAUUUAUCGAAGAGAAGGGGAUUUCGGUGUUCCAUAGGAGACUGGGAUUCCGCAGGCAGAAUGUGGACACAGUCCUGUCACUUUUACAAACCUUGUACACGAUGUUGUCGAUGAAUAUCGUACGAAUAUCAGCCAGUGGGAAGGAUUUAUCGCGAACGGUGGGCCUUAACACUCAUUUUGUGGAAACUUUGACAGUUGGCUUAACCGAAGAGGACAUCAAAUUCAUUCAAAAGGACAGUUACAAUACCACGAUGACAUUUUUGAAAUCAUUUGCCGCAAAGAUGGAAAAAAACACUUGAAGUUUUCUCAGUGCCGUAAAGAACGAAGAAAUGUCUGUCUCGGAAGAAGCAUGUCAUACCAAUUUUCCGGAAGCAUCACAAAUGAAAGUGUAUUCUUUAUUCUAUGUUCGUAUUUAUUUCACCGUUAUACAAACUAAACGAACUAUGAAUAUAUUUAAAUGUGUUUACUACUAUAUCACGUAUUUUGUGUAACAUGGAAUGGCUGCAUCAUUACAAAAGUUUGAGAGUCUCUAUAGGGUGUCCUGUAUUUUUAAAUCUACGACUGAUUACAAAACAAAUCCAUACAAAAGAUCAUGUGCAACUUCUAAUACAAUAUCCAAACCUAUCUACAUGUAAAUAUUAGUUCGACAAUUUAUUUAAGGAAUGACUUUAAUUCUGGGGCAAGUUAUACGAGUACAACCUGGUUUGGGUCAG